UUAAUAUCCAUCGAUUUUACAUCUAUCACAAACCAUAUGAUCGUUUUAAAAUAAAAUAUCACAUAUAGGGGGAAGAGAUUUUCUAAAUAUAUAUUUAUAAUAUAAAAUGACUUUAUCCCAUCCUUCGCACAAGUUAUAUAAUAUGCAGACAGUUCUCUCCAUCCAGCUUUAGGUGGUAGGUUUGCCCAUGCAUCCAUUUACCUCAAAAUCAACCAACCCUAACAAAUAAUUUUUAUUUUCCCGAUUCUCUUGACUGGAAUUCUCGUAUUAACACUCUCUAUAUCCCUCCCUCCUCACCUCAUUUAAUCAUCAUAUACUAUGAGCUAGUUCAUUCAUUUAUCCAAACCACGAUGAAUUCGCCCAUCACACGCAAAGAAUUUAGCUCCUCAUCGGAUUCAACUAGCGAAAAGAAGAUGUCUUCUAAUAAUCACGUUCUCAUCUCUACCAUCCCUCAACCCUACCCUCAAAACCAUAUGAAAAACGCCCUAAAACAUGCCCUGGGAGGUGGGCUAACGGGCUCCAUGGCUAUGGCUUGUCAAGUAACAUCCCUUAUGUGGAUGAGAACCGUUAUGAAUUAUCAAUACAGGUUUGUAGAUGCUGGGAAUUUCUUCACGGCCGCCCGUAAACUAAUAAAAGAAGGUGGAAUAAUAAGGCUAUAUCGGGGAUAUCCCCAAGCCAUGCUACAAGCCCCUGCCUCUCGCUUUGGGGACGCGGCCGCUAACGAAGUCGUAAUGGCCUUGACUGAAAAACGAUCAUCACAUACCAAACACGGAUCGAUAAUAAGUGAUACAGAUGACCACUGGUUAUCGGACUUGCCCAUAGCCGUUAAAACCGGUAUGGCUUCGGUUAUGGCCGCAGUUUGGAGGAUAGGGCUUAUGCCAAUUGAUGCCUGGAAGACCGUUAAACAAGUCGAAGGCCUGAAAGGUUCCUCUAUCCUCCUUCAAAAGGUUAAAACUCACGGCCCUAAAGUUCUGUACCAUGGGGUGGGCGCCACUUUUGCUGCUACUUUGGCCGGACACUACCCAUGGUUCGUGACCUACAAUUACCUUUCAUUGCAUCUGCCAAAACCCGUUAGACCUAAUAUUUCUUCCGAUGUUGUUGGCAAAGAAGUGACUCCAAUUAACGGAAUUACUGGCAUACCCAAACCGGAUUUUCUCCCCUUUUCUCUCCCCACUAUCAACCUCAAACCUAGCCCGAAUCUGGAAUUCAAGAUGAAAGAAUUGAGUAGGCAAGCUUUCAUUGGUUUUAUGGCUUCGGUCGUUUCGGACACCGUCACGAAUUCCCUUAGAGUAAUAAAGACUGUUAAGCAAACCAGCGGGAGUUCACUUAGUUACAGGGGCGUUAUGGAACUCAUCAAGAAAGAUAGUGCUAAAGGAGGCAAAUCGGUAUUUUUGGGGGGGAACAGUAUAUUUAUGAGAGGCCUGGGAACCAGGAUAGCCGUUAAUGGAUUACAAGGCCUCACCUUUUCCGUCCUUUGGAAAGUCUUCAUGGAUUACUAUAAAACGCUACCUCAUAUGCAACAAAAAACUUAGGGAAAAAUCAUCUGGUCACCAUAAAUAACUUUUGCUUCUAAGAAUUAUCUUAGAAAAUCAAAUAAAUGUGGAAAUAUUACCCCCACUCUUUCACUUAGUCAUUAUUUUUUAAAAUUUAAAAAAAUAUUUUUUCGAAAAAAUGUCAUUUUUGUGAUAAUAAAUAUAUCUUGUCAAAAUUUAAAAAUCUCUAUUCAAUAUUAUGUUAUAUCUUUAUUCGUUUAUUCAAUGCUUUCCUUUUCAAAUUUUAGUAUGAUACAUUUAAAAAAAUAUGUAUAUUUAUUAUAAUGCCUUAAAGGUAAGAUUUAAAAAAUUUUUGUCUUGCCCUUUUUUCUACCAAUUUUAUUUAUUUAUUGAUACUCAAAUUUUUGUUCAAAUUUAUAUUUAAUAUUAACAUAUAACCUUGUCCUCUUUCAUGUGAUUUACGUAACUAUAGCGAAAAUACUAUUCCUAAAUGCAAUUAUUUCUUUUGUACAUUAUAGGGAUAUUUAUUUUUAUCAAUUUAUUUAUUUUGAAGUUUUAAAAGUUGAUGAUUUUUUUAAUUAAUUUCAUUCGUUCGUUUAUAAUAAAUUAUUGUAAUAUUAUCUAUUCAUAAAAACAUUUUUAUAAA